UUAGAGCCCAUCGUUGUCUUGUCCUCUUCUUCUUUCUCUCACUUUCUCUCUCUCUCUCUUAAUCCCCAAAGUAAUUGCUCAGCGCUCUCUCUCAAAUCUCACCCAAUUCAGCUCUCUAGGGUUUCCAUUUCUAGGGUUUCAUCCCCCUAUUCGACCCAAAUGGAGUCCAAUUCGUGGACCCGAUUCACCGCCGCCUCAAAGCGCCACCAAUCGACCUUGCAAUCGCGGUUUGAUCUAUACCUAGGGUUUGAUGAUGUGGAUGGAGGAGGGGAGGACGAUCUGCGCGCGGAGUUUGCUUGCCCUUUCUGUGCUGAGGACUUUGAUAUUGUUGGGUUGUGCUGUCAUAUCGAUGAGGAGCAUCCUGUGGAAGCUAAAAAUGGGGUAUGUCCUGUCUGUGCAGCUCGUGUUGGGAUGGACAUGGUUAGUCACAUAACCACACAGCACGGAAACUUCUUCAAGAUGCAACGUAGAAGGAGAUUUCGCAGAGGUUCAUCAGGUUCACAUUCUACACUUUCUCUAUUGAGGAAGGAACUGCGUGAAGGAAAUCUGCAAUCUCUUUUUGGAGGUUCAUCCUUACCCUCUAAUGCAGCACCUGAUCCUUUGCUGUCAUCAUUUAUUACCAAUUUACCUGUAUCUGAUCCAUCAAGAGGAGGAGGAUUGGAGACCUUGGAUGAUGGAAAUGUGGUUAACGAGGCUUCAGAGGAAAAAGCAACAGAAAGUUUCCACCAGAUGCUCGAGAAACUGUUCUUCUGACCAUUUUGGUCAUUAAGGGUGUUAUGGAGCAAGUAGCCACUCUUGAAGCAUCCAACCCGUGCUAUCUGACAAGGAGCAGGAGGAGAGAGCCCAGAAGAGCGAGUUCUUGCAGGGGCUCGUGCUUUCUACAAUAUUCGACGUCUUAUAGAUCAUGAUCAUAUAUAUUGGCAGCAGCAGUAAUACCAGUAGCAGAGCCAAGAAUCAAGUGAGAACCUGAAGAGUUGGUUGAUAGAAGCCUGCAAUUGCUUCUAAGCUCAUGGGCGGUUCUUUCUGGGAAGGGGUACUCAUGAAAAGGUAUAUAUAUGUAGACUUUAUGUGAAUCAUCCUGAGAGAGGAUAAUACGUUAGGAAUGUAAAAUAAUUUAUGUAAUAAUGCUACUUUCUACCUGCUGGAUAUAAAUGUAGUCUAAUAAUAUUUUCCUAGUUGUGGGUGUUUGUGUUCA